AUGAAGUGUGAUCGAAAAGAGGACAAGGAGGCGGAGGGAGGAGGAAGUCGCCCCGGUUCCAGUGACCACCUCAGGAAUUCGACCACUACUUUACCCAAGCGGCGCCGGCUGGUCAAGGGCUCCGAGGUCGGACUGCCGCUUCACGCGUCUGUCAUCGAGGAAACGUGCGAAGUGGAAGAGGUACACACAGUGCUUGUGCGCUUUCCUUGCUUUGACUUCUUCCGCCAUGUACGCGUCUGCGAGCGCACUCGAGACCCCCGACCCGUUAAAUCUAGCGAUGCUGUCAAGGGCUCGGCGAUUCCUGCACGCGAGUUACCAGACGUCGUUAUCAGUGAUGGUGGUGCGCCUCCGAUCACCUCGUCGCACGGCGUUGCCGAGGCCGCCUUCACCCCCGAAGCCGCACUCUUUAUACCAGGGACGCUCGAGACGGACACGCCGCAGCUCUUGCUGAAUGCCGGAACCCCAUGUGAGAUGCGAUUCGAGGGGCAGUGGACUGAGGUGAUUGGCGAAGGCGCCUCCAUCACAAAUCGUGCCAUUGUGCAUGUCAGCAGCAAGACGACAGGAACUGCUGUGCCACCUGCGGCGCUCCCCCUGAGCUCUUCCGCAGUAGUGAGCGACGCAGCGAAGUCUCCCGAGCCUGCCUGCCUCAAUGUCGAGUCGUUGCCUGCAUCUUCAUCUCAGGCAACGACGACGCCUGCUCAGCCGAUUGCGAGUUUACUGACGCACACGCUUGCCGGUGUCACCGCCGACGAGGAGCGUCGUCAGCGAGCGGAGCAGCGGAAGGGUUGGACCUACGAUCGCAUCGACGUGCCCUCAGCCGUCCUCGUCAUGCAUCGCGUGCGCUAG